GGAUGAAACUGAGUUGUUAUGACAACGUCGGUAAAACUGUAAAGCGAAACUACUUACGUUAAACGUUUUAUUUCAUUCAUGGACACCGGAGCGAACGCGUACCUCAUUAGGCCGAAUUAUAAAGACAAGUUCAAGGCAGGUGUGGCGAAGGAAUGCAUUGGAGAAAUCCUGAGGGAACAGCUGUAUGGAGUUCAGUAUGAUCCUGAAGAGGUUCCCACAUUAUCCAGAUCUUUAGCAGACUCCAUUAAACACAAGCUGAAAGACAUGGGCUUUGACAGAUACAAGUUCAUCGUGCAGGUGGUUAUUGGAGAGCAGCGUGGAGAAGGAGUCAAGAUGGCUGCGCGCUGCUUCUGGGAUGCAGAUACAGACAAUUAUGCUCAAGAGAUAUAUAUGAACGACAGCUUGUUCUGUGUAGCUGCUGCUUUUGGUGUGUAUUAUUACUGAAGACGCGCUGAUGACCACAUAUUUUGCAGCUUGGUCCCUAAAAGGGUAUAUUUGUGUUAUUUAUUUGAACUAAUCUUAGACAAUUACUAAAAUCAAUCACUUUUGCUUCUGUUCAUCAGAAGUCUUUGCCGUAUGACAUUUUGAAUACAUGAAGUUUUACAAGCUUAUAUAAUGUUUGAUUUAUUUUAUAUA